GCAGCAGCAACAGCAGCAGCAACAACAGCCAACGCAUCCAAGCCUCCUCUACGGCCUGUCCAGUCCAGUACCUCGCUGUGUUUUAGCUGCACCAUCCUCGGCGGGCCCGGCACGGAGGCGCUGGCGAGGACCACCCGCUGAACAGAGCAAGGAACUCGGCAGCCAUUGCCACCCUAAGCAAACCCCCCUGCCGCCUCCUCCACCCCCGACGCCUAUCCGGCCGACGCGCCCAGCUAAUUACAGCAGUGUCCGGCUGGGUCCUCCUCCUCCUCCAUCCACGGCUCCAUUGUAUUGUCGAUGCAGGCUCCAUAACUACAGCCGCACCACCCACUCGGUCCUGUCUGGGCAAGCAGGCUGGCCUCUGCUCAGACCCUCGCCUUUCACUUCUCCUCCACUCCCUCCAUUCCUCCUCCCCCAGUCCGGCAUCCUGGUAUAUACCGACCUGACUGCCCAGUCAGCGAGGUAUUCUCCCUGGGGUGCGGCUGUUCCUUUCUUUCUAACCCAUCACUCGUUUCCUUCUUUCAUCCUCUCUCGGAAGCAUUGAGGACUGCACAUGAGCCCGGGCGUCUCCCCUCGCCUUGGGACCCUAUCAGACGCGGCUGUUGGAUCUACGGGACGGAUUUGCGGCAUGGCAGUUUCAACUUCUGCAUAGUGCAAUCUCAAGCCGCCCCUUCGCGCGGCCACACCGCCGCUCCCCGCACGCGCUGACUAUGGGCAACGUAAACUCGGCCGAGGCUCCCAGGAGAGUCGCUCCUGCGUCGAAUAAACUGGUCAAGCCCCGGAUGACUAGCGUUGCCGCACCCCGCCUGCCAAACCUCAACGCCAGCCAACCCAGUUGCGACGACGCCCUCCCCUCUUCUCCCGGUCUGGUGCGCGGCCGCCCCUUCUCGUCCUCUCACCCGUUCAGCGUGCCACCUCUAUCGCCCUCGGUUCCGUUCCCUCAGCUUGACGUCGACUUCUCGCCCUAUCUUGAUCCGCUCGACGACGACAUCGACUACGCGAGCGCCUCGAUGGUCGCCGAACCCAUCAAGAAAGAAAGGAGCCUGCGCAGGAUCUUCCGCUCGAGAUCGUCCUCGACAGCACAGCCGAGUCGCAGGGGGAGUCCGGAGAGGAGAAAUACCACCGCUGCGGCGGCCGCAGCGCCAUUACCACCCCUCGAAGGGCAGGGUGUUGCGCCACCUACCAGGUGCAACUCCAUGCUGGGAGCCAGUGAUGCUUUGUACCGUGACCAGUCGACUACGGAUAGUUGGAACAUUGCCGACUCCCGUGUCUCGUGGAACUACAAUCUCACGUCCUACGAAGCCAAACGCCUGCUCAACCUCGCACAAGGGGACGCCACCGGUAUACAAGAUGAGAUCUCGGCGGCAGUAUCGGAGAAUAAAUUCUCGGUGGUCUCCGAGGUGACGUGGAAGAGCUCGCACCCACCCCUGACCGAGACCGCCGCCAGCGUGGCCCUCAGCCGAGCGAAUUCAGAUCUCUCCCUGUACACUCCUGUUCGAAGGCGCUCCGUCAUCCAGACGCCUGGCCUGGCCACUCGAAGGAGUGCCAGCAGGCCCCCACUCAGCAGCCAACGUUACAGCCACCCACCCACACCGAGCCUGUCGCGGCAGGCUUCCUCUGACUCUGUCGGCAGCCGUGUACUGUCGAUGCCGCCCCUACCCUCUCGGAUGAAGGUGUCUGACGAGGUUCGGGGACCCGUGACACCCUGCGAAGGGGAUUAUCAGACUAUCGGCGCCUUCAAGCUCGGAACGCUGCGAAUCAUGAAUGGUACCGUCAGCCCCGGCGCUGUGAGCCCAGAGCCUGACAAGAAGCGGCGGGUCAGGCAUCCAGCUGUGCCGCCACCUACUGCCAAGGAGGCUAGCUACUUCACGCCAGUUCCCGCUGUCGAGUCUGAGAGGGCUCGGAAAGGAAUUCGGCGAGAUGUGGACUUGACAAUCCGGACGGACGCACCGAUUCCCCCACCGAAUGCUCCUUCAGUUGUUGUUCAUGCGGCCCGGCUUCUGCGCAGCCCUACGGCGGCGAUCAGGUCGCCUGUGGCUGCAUCAUCUGUCUCGCCGUCCCUGCUGCAGGUCGGAGGGUCAGAGGGGCUGAGAGGAGCGGAUCGGCAGUACCUGGGGCAAAUCCAGUUCAGCCCAUUCUCCAUCGCGGGCGAUCCUCCCUCAAGCCCACUGGUGACGACAUCGAAAGCCAACGAGCUGGAGGACCACUUGUUUGAUGACGACGCGCAGUCCGAGUACUCCACGCUUGAGGUCCUCGACUUGCGCCUGGAUCCCAAUGCCAAGUCGGAGCCCACAGUGGUGUCUCCAAACUCUGCAGGACAAGGCAGCAAGACCGGUGAUGGGUCUACCUCGAGCAACCCGAACUCGGAGCUGUCGCACAAGCCGCUGACCAAGACGGACUCGGGUUAUUGCUCAAACGUUUCGCUGCGCUCGCUGAGGUCUUCGUCCAGGGACGUGUCGUGGAGAUCUGGCGAUGGGAAGCGUACAUCUCUCAGCAGCCCGCUUGGGAUUGCGCCUUCGGAGGGCCAGGUACUGUCUAGUACCGCGAUUCCGCCUUCUCCUCAAAAGGGGCCUCCGCCGACACCUCCGCCAAAAGACUUUGUGCACUCGCCACGAGCCGGGGUGUCAGGCUCUCGAGCUCUGCCGCAACCGCUUGCUUUUGAAGCCAAGUCCCGUGCCGGUACCACCACGACUCCCGACAAGUCUCUGAGGAGGGAAAGUGCGUCGGCCGCGAUGGGAAGAACGUGGACUGUUGCUCCCCAGUCUCCAGACUCGGCAAUGGCCUCGCCCAGCAGCACUGGCUCAGCUGGAUCGGCUUCGAAGCUGAGUAGCAGCAGGGGCUCACAAAAGGGGGGAAGACUUCACCGGCUGCUGAGCCGUGGAGGCCCGGGCCGGUCUCAGGCAGUUUCGGCUCCACAGCCCACGCACGUGUCCAAGAGUGCCAACUCUGCGUCAGCUAGCCGCGAGGGACACAGAAAGCUAAGAACACACUCUGGGCUGUUCCAUAUGAAGGUCAAGAAGUUGGACCUCAAGUCUCAGGCGAGCAAAGACACUCUCAAGACCAUAAUGAGUGUGGGCAGUCUCGAGGCGCGUGCGGUCGAGGCUGCGCAGAAUGGAGAGGUGGCAUUCGACUCCCCGGGCAAGAGCCGGAGGCACACCUCUUACACGCCUUCGGCCCUCGGCCAGGUUGCUUCGGCCGGUGCUGAUAUGCCACCGGUGCCGGAGCUAACGCCGACAAAGCCGAGUCGCACCAUGAGCGUCGCGCGGAAGCCUUUGCCUGUGUGGAAGGACAGGCACACACUGGCUGUCGACACAUCAUCUGGCUACUUGGCGCUGAACGGCGACAGCAUCACUGGUAGCAUUUCCAGGUCGCCCACCAUGAUCACGCGCAGCCCGUCCAAGAUUUUCGACAAAGACUACAGAGACGAGCUGCACUUCUCGCCCAGUGUCACAGAAAUCAGCAUCAUCAGCCCGCUGGCGAUUCCCUCCCCCACUGAAGACGACCAGCCGUCGCCUCCCAGUCCCGUGGUGCCGGAGCUCAUGUCACGGAAGAGGGUUGGCGCGACGUCACCGCCCGUGAGCAGGAGAACUCGUAACCAAGGGAACCUCAGGGUCCCUGCGCUUCUGCGGCCGAAAUCUACAACACCAUCCCCCGCGCACUCGGCCAUGCUGCCCCAGGAGCAAGAUGCCGCUUCCGGAUCUGUACAUCACCAAGAGGCCCUCCAGCAGCUCACCGGGGCUUCAGCGGGUGUGCCCCAGGCCCCAUUGUCGGCGCCAAUGCAACCACGCAGGUCGAUGACGCUGGAGCUGAGAUCGUCGCGGUCCUUUUCCAGAGCUCCGGAUUGGCAGGUCAAGACGGAUCAUGACACUUCCCGACGCUCGUCUAUGGAAGUGCGCCCAGAGGACCCUCUUCGGGCCUUGGAGGUGGUGGUGGCAGAACAAGGCCACGCUAUCCGAAGACAUUCGAGCGCGCAGCCGCCGCCGUACGUGAUAUCGCCGCAGGAGAGUCCACAACUACGUCACCGGGCCAGCUACGAUGACCGCACCCGGCCGCAGAUGCGGUACCUCCCGUCGCAGCAACAGCUGCAGCAACAUCCCUCCAUUCCGGUCACGGAUCCUCGGUGGUACCGCCAGUCGAGCGAUGCAUAUGGGCAGCAGCAGCAGCAGCAGCAGUAUCGCUCAUGGCAACCACAGACGGCGCAGCAACAACAGUUGGAGAGACAACAUCAAUGGAACCAAUGGCACGAGCAGCAGUACCGGGACCAGUCGCCACAAUGGGACCAGCAGCAGCAGCAGCAGCAGCAGCAGCAGCAGGGACACUAUUCGCGUCCCCACGUAGCUCGCGGCGGCCACGGGCGUAACAACAGCCUAGGGUCGCCGGAUCGGCAGGGACAGCCUGGCGUCCCGUACCGUAUCCUCCACAGCUACAACUCGCCUGCUUACCGGAACGCGCCCAUUUGGGGAUGA